AUGUCAGGUUGUAACAGUGGAGAUGGGAAGUUAGAUGCGGCAGUGGAGAGUUGGUUGAAACAUGACAAGAAUCCAACCACAAGGCAGGAGGUGUUGGACGACAUCGCCAACUCCAGUUGGGACAAGCUGAGGCGGACUAUGCUCCACCGUUUGAGCUUCGGCACCGCCGGGCUCCGUGGCCGAAUGGGCGCCGGCUACAAGUGCAUGAACGACGUGGUGGUGCUGCAGACUGCUCAGGGUCUUCUCUCUUAUCUACGAAAGGUGUGUCAUCAAAGUCAACUUCAAAACGGAGUUGUCGUCGGCUACGAUGGCCGCCAUAACAGUGAGAGGUUCGCCGAGCUGACGGCCAAGGUCUUCGCAUCGGCUUCGACGCCGGUCCACCUCUUCUCGAGGGUGUGCCCGACCCCCUACGUGGCGUUUGCCACCAUCAUGUAUGGCGCGGCCGCUGGUGUGAUGGUGACCGCCUCCCACAACCCCCGCGAGGACAACGGCUACAAGGUCUACUGGGGCAACGGCACUCAGGUCAUAGGGCCCCACGACGAGAACAUUCUGGACGAGAUACGGCAGUGUUUGGACAUACCGGACGAACAUUGGAGCGUCGACGGCAUAAGGAGCCACGAGCUGGUGAAGGACUGCAGCGCGGAGGUGAUCGAGAAGUACAACGAGUACAUACGCGACAGCCUUCACGGCGAUGUCCUGAAGCAGAACAGGCAGAGCGGUAUUAGAUGCGUAUACAGCGCAAUGCACGGGGUCGGCUACGAAUACGUUUUGAAGGCGUUCGCCGCCGCCGAUCUGGAGGAGCCGUUCAGCGUCGCCGAGCAGCAGAACCCAGACCCCGACUUCCCGACGGUGAAGUUCGCCAACCCCGAGGAGAAAGAGUGCCUGCAGCUAAGCAUCCAGCUGGCGAAGGAACGCGGCGUCAGCCUCAUCCUGGUCAACGACCCCGACGCCGACAGGCUCGCCGUCGCUGAAUACGACCAGAGCAAAGGCUCGUGGAAGGUAUUCACCGGCAACGAGAUGGGCGCACUCCUCGGUUGGUGGAUGCUGUGGCAACACCAGCAGCACAGCCAGGACAGGGACGUUUACCUGCUGGCGAGCUUCGUCAGCUCCAAGAUGUUGAAGGCGAUCGUCAAGGGCCAAGGCCACUUCGUCGAGACUCUCACCGGAUUCAAAUGGAUGGGCAACACGACUCUACUGCUGUCCCAGCAAGACAAGAAGACGCUGUUCGCCUUCGAGGAGGCAAUCGGCUACAUGUGCGGGGCCCGGGUGCCGGACAAAGAUGGCGUCUCUGCGGCCGUACAGGUGGCAUCGCUGGCCUCGCAUCUGCACUCGAAGGGUCUCUCGCUGAACGGGCAACUGCAGGCCCUGUACAGGGAGUUCGGCUACCACGUGAGCCAUAACGGCUACUACGUCUGCCACGAGCCUGCCACCAUCCAGAGGAUCUUCAGGCGCAUCAGGAACUAUCACGGCUCCGGUGUGUAUCCAAAGAAAGUCGGUUCGUGCGAGAUCGUUCAUCUAAACGACUUCACGGAAGGUGUGAAAAUACCAGAGAAAGCCAACGGAGAGGCGCAUUUAACCGUGAUCGGCACCGGACUCGACCAGGACUACACGAGCGGCGAGAUGGUCGCCUUCCGCUGCCACAACGGGCUGAGCGUCACCGUCCGCACCAGCGGCACAGAGCCCAAGCUCAAGUUCUACACGGAGCUGGUCUGCGACGCGCCGACCGAGCGGGAACAGGACGAUAUGAAGAGAAAACUCGAAGCUAUGGUCCAAGAGUUUAUAGAAGAACUUCUCCAGCCUAAAGAGAACGGUUUGAUUGGC